AUGUUGGGAAAUUGUUUCGGCAGUGAUACUCUAAAGAAAACAGCCGUUUAUGAGUGGCAUGAACGCUUCAAAAGUGGUAGUGAAUCCGAGGAUGACGAACGCAGUGGCAGGCCGUCGACAUCGAAAACCGAUGAAAACAUCAAUAAAGACAUUGUAGUUAAUGGUUUGGGUUUCCGUGUUGCUGCAAAAUUGGUCCCGAAGGAACUGAAUUUCAAAAAAAAGGGACCGCGUUGUCAUCGCCAAAGACAUGAUUUCCAGGCUGAAUCCGACUCAACAUUCAUCAAACGUAUCAUUACUGGAGACGAGAUGUGGGUUUAUGAGUACGACACGCAAUCCAAACAUCAGGCGAGUGAAUGGAAAGCUUCAAAUGAACCAAGACCAAAAAAAAUCACAUCGUUUUCAGUCGAAAAAGAAAGCGAUGUUCACGAUUUUCAUGGAUUACAACGACUUGACCCCCAACGACUAUUAUCUGUUCCCAAACUUCAAGCGGUGGCUUUCCAAGGAAAGAGAUUCACAUUGAAUGAGGAAAUCAUCGCGGAAACCGAGGCGUAUUUCGAAGGCUUAGACAUUUCGUACUACAGAAAGGACAUCGAAAUGUUGGAAAAUCGCUAUAUCAAGUGUAUCGCUCUCGAAGGCAACUAUGUUGAGUUGUAUGAAUAA